AUGGAAAAGCUUAAUCAGCUGCAGUGGAUAAGCAUUUCGGUCAAUCAGCUAGGUAGCGGAGUGCAAGGUGACCUGAAAUUCCUUGAAUCCAUCAAUUCUACCAGCCUGGAGCUCCUGGCAAUCAAUCUCAACAAUUUCGGAGGUACUUUACCUGAAUCUAUUGGCAACUUGUCCUCCCAGUUGAAUAUAGUGUCAAUUGAGUGCAAUCGAUUGUCUGGAAAUAUCCCUUCAUCCAUUGGAAAUCUGCGUGGCAUAGAUCUGUUGUACAUCGGCAAUAACAAGUUCACGGGCAGUGUUCCCGAUACCAUCGGAAACCUCGUCAAGCUGAAGGAGCUUCGUAUUCAGAUGAACAAACUCACUGGGAACAUAGCGUCCACAAUAGGGAACAUGACGGAGCUAACGGAACUCAUCUUGAAAGGGAACAAUUUUCAAGGGAGCAUUCCUCCGAGUAUCAGCGAAUGCCAAAACUUGGUAGUGCUCGACCUUUCGCAGAAUAAUCUCAGUGGAAUCAUACCAUCUCAAGGUGAGGUACCGGGGGAAGGUGUGUUCCUGAACAUGAGCGUGACUUCGCUCGAAGGAAACGAUAAGCUCUGUGGCAGUAUGCCAAUCCUAGAUUUGCCAAGUUGUUUGACAAGCAAAGGAAAACGCAGAUCAUCUACCUCCCAUUACGUUAUCAUUGCAAUUACUUGUGGGACAGUAGCGGUGCUGAUACUUCUGUUGCUACUGGUGACGUUUUAUUGGCUGAGGAGGAAGAAUAGUAGGGCUUCUCUAGAGACUCCAUCAAUAAGGGGAUUUCAGCAAGGGUCUUAUGAAGACAUUGUAAAAGCAACAGACGGGUUCAACUCUAGCAAUUUGAUCGGAGUGGGUGGUUUCGGCUCCGUGUAUAAAGGAACCCUAGAAGAUGGAAACAAAAUGGUGGCUGUGAAGGUUUUUGACUUGAAGCAACGAGGAGCGUCGAAAAGUUUCAUAGCAGAGUGCAAAGUCCUGAAAAACGUAAGGCAUCGGAAUCUCCUUAAGAUCCUAACAGCUUGUUCCAGCGUCAAUUUCCAGGGCAAUGAGUUUAAGGCUCUGGUCUACGAGUUCAUGGAAAAUGCUUGCACAGUGGAUUAUCUCCAUCAUCAGUGCCAUACAGAGGUGAUCCAUUGUGACCUCAAGCCAAGCAACAUUCUUCUGGAUGCCCAAAUGAAUGAACAUGUCGGCGACUUUGGCUUAGCUAGGAUAUUCCCUAACCCCACUGGUGAUCUGCACGCGAGUCAGACAAGCUCAAUUGGUCUUAGAGGAACCAUUGGCUAUGCUCCUCCAGAGUAUGGAAUGGGAAGCAACGUGUCCGAAGAUGGCGACGUGUACAUCUAUGGAGUCCUACAGCUGGAUGCCUUGAACCUUCACGAUUACUGCCUUGCGGCUUUGCCAGAAAGAGCGGCAGAUGUAGCAGAUCAGCCGCUCCCAUUUUAUGACACAGAAGAAUCAUCAAUUGCAGACACUAUGAGCAAUCAAAGAAACAUAAGUGCCCAUGUUCAAGAGUGCUUGGUGAUGAUAUUUGAAAUUGGAGUUGCCCGUUCUGCAGAGCUGCCGCAGGAGAGAAUGAGCAUAAGCGAUGCGGUGACUAGAUUGCGUUCGCUGAAACAGAAAGUUGACAAAAUGGGAUUCCGCUAG